AUGAUUGCCAUUGAAUUGCUUUCCUUUGAAUUAAAGGCGGUUUCCCAAUCUGUCCAGACUUGGAGACUUCACUUCCUCUUUCUCUACACACCUGCUGAGUUUGUGGUUUAUCCUGAGAGGCAUUCACCAGUUAAGAAGAAGAUUACUAUGGAAGAUGCAGAGGGUUACAUGGUAGUAGAACCUUCCAGACAUACCUACAUGGACGCUUUAUCCAAGAAGAUGGAAGGUCCUUCGAAAUGCUGCCAAAUCACACUCUGGAUCAUACUGGGAGUUAGCAUUGCUUUGAAUGUGGCCCUAAUUGUUCUUCUGAUAGUAUUUCAGACAAAAAGUGUUUUGAACCCAUCGACUUCAACCAAUUUAUGCAAUUUGAUCCCAGGUAGCGCAACAGAUUCCGUGACCUUUGACCCAGAAACUGCUCAUCGCCGCCUUGUCAUUUCCAGGGAUCAGAAAACUGCGACAUGGGGAAAGGAAGAACAACCAGUUCCCUAUAGCGAUAAAAGAUUUAACACACGGGUGUGGGUUCUGGGCAAGAAUGCGUUUCAGUCAGGAAAACACUGUUGGGAGGUAGAAAUAAAACACAAUGGGGAAUGGGCUGUGGGAGUUGCCAGGGGGUCAGUGCAGAGAAAAGGAUUGACUGCUUUUAGCCCCAAAGAAGGUAUCUGGGCCAUUGGAGCAUAUGAGGGGACAACAAAUUACAUAGCUUUUACUGAACCACAACACACCAGACUUACUUUUGGAAAGAAGCCCCGGAGGAUUCGUGUGUUUGUGGAUUACAUCUAUCAACAGGUGGAAUUUUUCAACGUAGAAACGAAGGCUACCAUGUUCUUCUUCCCAAACGCAUCCUUCUCGGGAGAAAGAAUCUACCCCUGGUUCCGGGUUUGGGAUGGAACUGAGCUGACCCUUCAUCCCUAAUGCCCAGCCCUUCAUGGAAAAGGGAGCUCCUUCUCGAGCAACUCUGCUGGCUGGGCACGGUGGGAGAGCUGUGUGGUCUCACACAUUUGGAAGGUGGCCCUGUAGGAUGCACUACUUGGGAUUGUGAACACAAUCAGGGCUCUUCCAGAAAUGCUUACUUCACAACCACCCCUACAUUGCACUCUAGCCUCCUUUCACCUACCUAAUACCUUUAGGAAAUUUUAGGAAUUGUAGAUAUGUCACCCGUUUGGGGAAGCCUAGCCUAGACUGUGUAAAAAGUUGCAACCUAGUUAAUUCUGGGCAGCCAUAAGAGUAAGAGGUGCAGAUAUCUCUCCAGAUAGGAGUAAGCUUUUGUAAUUUCAAAGUAUGAGUCUUUCCAACAGAGGUCCAUUGUAUUCCCCAGUAUUCCAUGCUACAGGACCAUCUUAACAGCAUUAUGGCAGAGGUGGUAUACAACAGGUUCUUAUCAGUUCUGGAGAAUCGGUAGUGGAAAUUUUGAGUAAUUCGGAGAACCGGUAAAUACCACC